AAUGGAACAAGGUUUCUGCUGUGUUACCAUCCUGUCCGUCUGUAUUGAUAAUUGGUUGAUAUGGUGCAAUGUACUUUUCUUGUUGAUGCUUGAUAAGUGAUUAGGUAUAACGCUUGAGAAUAGAGCUGAUAUCAGUUGUGUCAUUAGGGUUUUAGGAGCUUCACAAGGGGAAUGAGUUUAAAUUCUGUCUGAAUCUGUUUUUGUUCGAUUUAAAUAACCUAUAUAAUAUUUGUUGUAUAUUAACGUAAGUUUGAUUUUGUUUUAAUUUUUUAAUCGUUAAACAAUGGGAUUACUAACAGAAGGUAGUCCAUUGUCGUGGGAAAAAACUAAAGAACUUGCAGAACACGUCAGAGAACAUGGUAUUACACAGUUCAUAAAUCUUUAUCACCGGCUAAAAGAUCGUCAAGGAGAUGUCCUAAAAUGGGGUGAUGAGGUUGAAUAUAUUAUUGUCAAGUUUAAUGAUGAAAAAAGGACAGCGAAAGUGAGCCUACGAGGCAAGGACUUGCUCCACAUACUCAAUGAGCGGGAGGCUGCAAAUCCUGAAAAUGUAAAGGCUCUAUGGAGGCCAGAGUAUGGAGCUUACAUGAUAGAGGGUACUCCAGGCAAGCCCUAUGGAGGCCUCAUCUCACACUUCAAUAUUGUAGAAGCAAACAUGAAAUUCCGACGAGAGGAAGUGGAGCAGCUGUUACAACCAGAUGAGGUGAUCAUGUCACUCACAAGUUUUCCGAGGUUAGGAUGCAAAGACUUUACGUAUCCACCAACAGAGCCAAAUCCACUUUCUGGGGCGUCACAUUCACUAUUCAUCCCAGAUGAAGUCAUUUUCCCUGGACAUCCAAGAUUUAAAAAUCUGACAAGAAACAUACGUUGCAGGAGAGGAGAGAAAGUUGCAAUAAAUUUGCCAGUCUUUAAGGAUAAAAACACGCCCUCACCUUACAUAGAAGACCUUAAGGCACUGGGGGACACAGGAGAGUCACAGGGUGCUGCCAAGACCGACCAUGUCUACAUGGAUGCCAUGGCUUUUGGCAUGGGUUGCUGCUGCCUGCAGCUCACUUUCCAGGCAUGCAACAUCAAAGAAGCCAGGAUACUUUAUGAUCAACUGACCCCACUCUGCCCUAUUUUGCUGGCACUAACGGCAGCCUCACCUGUACACCGAGGCAUGUUGACGGACGUAGAUUGCCGUUGGACUGUCAUUUCUGGCUCUGUGGAUUGUCGCACACGAGAGGAGAGGGGCUUGGAUCCGUUAUGCAAUAACAAAUUUGUCAUACCCAAGUCGCGAUAUGACUCCAUAGAUUCCUACCUGUCAGAGCAGGGUGAACCGUACAAUGAUGUGCCUUUAAUCUAUGAUCCUGCCAUCUACCAGAGACUGAAGAGUGCAGGCAUAGACCAUCUUCUGGCCCAACAUGUUGCCCAUCUCUUCAUCCGUGACACAGUCUCCUUGUUCAGUGAAAAAGUGGAUCAAGACGAUACUGUUGACUCUGACCAUUUUGAGAAUAUACAGUCUACUAACUGGCAGACAAUGAGGUUCAAGCCACCACCUCCCAACUCUAAGAUUGGCUGGAGAGUGGAGUUCCGACCGUGUGAGGUCCAGCUAACAGACUUUGAGAAUGCUGCCAUUGUCUGCUUUGUUGUGUUGCUCACCAGAGUGAUCUUGUCCUACCAGCUCAAUUUUAUAAUCCCCAUCAGCAAGGUAGACGAGAACAUGUCAAAGGCUCAAAAAAAUAAUGCUCUACACAAGGAGUUAUUCCAUUUCCGUAAAGACAUCACCACCCAGGACACCCCGCCCCAGCCGAGAGCCCAGUGCCAGAGUGCUCAGUGUGGUGCCAACUGUGCUCCUGUUUAUACAGCCAUGUCCAUCGAUCAGAUUGUCAAUGGCAAGAAAGGAGAGUUCCCUGGGUUGAUACCACUGAUAGAGAACUAUCUGAGCAGCAUGGAUGUUGAUGCUGACACUCACUGUACCAUCCAGCAAUAUCUGAAGUUGAUCCAGAGGAGGGCCUCAGGCGAGCUGCUCACCACUGCCGCUUGGAUACGCAAAUUUGUCACCACCCACCCUGACUACAAACACGAUUCUGUGGUAUCAGACAGUAUCAACUAUGACCUCCUCAAGACUGCAGUAGACAUACAGAAAGGAAAGAUUAGAUGUUCCGAACUAUUAGGUCAGUCUAACAUCAGUAAAACUCAAGAGUCAAUACCAUCAGCCAUGAAGAAGAUUUACCCUUGUGUAUAGUUAAGUUUCUUUACCAGUAUGACGUACAGUAUUUUAUUUUGCUACAGCCUUCUGUUUCUAAGUUCACUGAGUGAUGUAUGUAUUUCGUGUGUCACACUGUACUCCAGCCUUAGCAUUAUUGAGUGAAACCACAAUGCUUGUUCACUUAUUAAUAAUCGUAUUUGAAAUUGAAUGUAACACACAUUCAUGUAUGUGCACACAAGAAUAUGUGUUGUUAAAACUAAAAAGUGUAUGAAUAUAAAUGAUUAAUUCAUGAAUAAUAAGAGCUUUAUCUUUUCAAAACAUGUAUAAAGAUGCAUGAAUAUAAAUUUUAAAUAUGUUUUAUGUCACCUUGUCACUUUGAGCCUUAAGUAUUAAACACGAAUGUUACAUUCCAACUGUGAUGAAAUAAGCUAUUAUUUAUUAGUUUUUAUUUGUUUUGAUACUUAAAGGAAUGUAUCACCUUCUAUUUUUGAACAGUUUUAAUUGAACUAUUCUGUAAAUUAGUGUAAAAUUCAAAAUCUACUACAAUUUAGCCUAGUUUUUAAAAUAAUACUUAUACUGUCUUAAUCCAUUAUUUGUUUUAUUUUUAUUGUACUUAUAAAAAUACAAGCUUUGCCAGUUAUUUUACUUGGAAAUUUAUUUUACUAGAAGUGUUUGUGAAAUAACUUAUUUUAUAAUUUUCAAUUAAAUAGAUAAAUGCACAUACCACCAAUACGAUCAUUUGUAGAUUAAAUAUGUAUUUUUAUUUAUUCCAUUUUUAUCUUUUUUGUACUUAUGAUAUGCAUAUUCAUAAUUGUAUAAAACAAUAAUGGAUGUGUGUCAGAUUAAGAAAUGUUAGAAACACAAGAUUGAAAAUACAUUUAGAAUGUAAUGGCUUUAAGCAGGUACAUUUUGUAGUAUUGUAUUAUUACUGUAUCCAUAAAUAUUAUGUAAUUCCCGCAGAAGUCACAGUAACUUAUGUCUUAAGAACUAACUACUUUUGCACUACCAGGAAUAUUGUCAUUGAAAUAUUGUAAAAAAUAAAACUGUCUGUUAGCACAUUGCAAUAAUUUGGGAAUUAAGUUAUGGAACACGUAAUUAUUAACAGUCAUCAAAGAAACAUUGAAGAAAAUUUAGUAAAAUGCAGUACUUCCAAGGCUAAUAUUCCACAUUAAAGAACUAAGUGUGCCUUCAGUAAUGGAUAGGAAAAGAUCAUAUAAUGAUUGAAUGUUGUUUUAAUUAAAUUUUUAUUAUAACAAUGUAGUCUACAGAAGUGUUAAUAAAACAUGUACACCCUUAAAACAUUUUAAAUAAUUUUUAUUCUGUAAAAAGUACAUUUUGUCUUUCUUGAAAAAAUGUAAUUUAAACAUAAACAUUUAAUAUGUAACUAUAAAAUUAAUUCUCGUGUGAAUUACAAAUGUGCCACACAUUUCCAAUAUGUAUUGGACUUUUUAUACUUCACAUUGUCGACUGUUUAACCUUUCCAAGCAACCAUCAUUUUCAAUGAUGACUGGUUUGUUUUUUCAAAAUCCGAUUGUCAUGAAACAUAAUGACCUG